AUGUGGCCUGACCUGAUUAGAAAGGCUAAAGAAGGUGGACUAAACUUGAUACAGACUUAUGUGUUUUGGAAUAUUCACGAGCCUGUACAAGGGCAGUUUAAUUUUGAAGGCAAUUAUGAUUUGGUGAAAUUUAUCAAAAUGAUUGGUGAGAAUGGUAUGUGGGUGACCCUUAGGAUUGGACCUUACAUUGAGGCUGAAUGGAAUUUGGGAGGGUUUCCAUAUUGGUUGAAGGAGGUUCCAAACAUCACAUUCCGUUCAUAUAAUGAACCCUUUGUGUACCACAUGAAAAAGUAUGCUGAGAUGGUCAUAAACUUGAUAAAGAAAGAGAAGCUCUUUGCAGACCAAGGAGGCCCAAUUAUCAUGGCCCAGAUUGAGAAUGAAUACAACAAUGUCCAACUCGCAUACAGAGAGGCUGGGCAGAACUAUGUAAAGUGGGCCGCAGAUAUGGCUGUGGGCCUACACAAUGGUGUACCUUGGGUCAUGUGCAAGCAAAAGGACGCCCCUCAGACAGUCAUUAGUACUUGCAAUGGAAGACAAUGUGGAGACACUUUCCCCGGUCCAAAUGGGCCCGACAAACCUUCUCUCUGGACUGAGAAUUGGACGGCCCAGUAUAGAGUCUUUGGUGACUCACCUUCUCAGCGGGCGGCUGAGGACAUAGCAUUUGCCGUUGCUCGUUUCUUUGCAAGGAAUGGUACCCUCAACAACUAUUACAUGUACCAUGGAGGGACCAAUUUUGGGCGAACGAGUUCAUCUUUCGUGACAACACGCUACUAUGAUGAAGCCCCUCUUGAUGAAUUCGGUUUGAAGAGGGAACCAAAAUUCGGGCACUUGAGGGACUUGCACAGGGCAUUGAGGUUGAGCAAGAAGCCAUUGCUUUGGGGCACUCCACACGUGCAGAAGAUUAGUGAGGACUUAGAGAUCACGACUUAUGAGAAGGAAGGAACAAAAAUUUGUGCUGCAUUUUUGACCAACAACAAUUCAAGGGAAGACGCGACUAUUAAUUUCAGAGGCGUUGACUAUUUCUUGCCAGCUAAAUCUAUUAGCAUUUUACCCGAUUGUCGCACUGUGGUUUUCAACACACAAACGGUUGUUUCACAACAUAGCGCGAGAAACUUCGUACCCUCAAAGAAAGCAAAAAUCACUAAAUGGGAGAUGUACAAAGAAAGCGUGCCAAGCCCACACGAUUUAGAGAUAAAGAGCAAAUCGCCAAAGGAAUUGUACCAACUUACUAGAGAUACCUCAGAUUAUGCAUGGUACAGUACAAGAAUCAACUUGGAUAGACGUGAUUUGCCAAGACGUCCAGAUAUUCUUCCAGUGCUUCAAGUCGCGAGUCUUGGUCAUGCUUUGCUUGCAUUUGUUAAUGGAGAAUACGUAGGUUUUGGGCAUGGAAGCAAUGUCGAAAAGAGCCAUGUUUUCAAAAAUACAAUUAAAUUGAAGAUUGGUGAUAACGAGAUAUCGAUACUGGCAAUGACAGUUGGUUUGCCGGUUGGUGUGGAAGGUGAGAAGAUGCAAUUGUUCACCGAGGAGGGUUCAAAAAAAGUCAAGUGGGCGAGUGCAAAUGCAUCUCCUUCACCUAUUACUUGGUACAAGACAUAUUUUGAUGCACCAGAGGGUGAUAACCCAGUGGCAAUUAAAAUGAACAGCAUGGCAAAGGGUAUGGUUUGGGUCAACGGUCAAAGCAUUGGCCGAUAUUGGGUUUCUUACAUCUCACCAAUUGGGAGCCCCACUCAAGAAGAGUAUCACAUCCCAAGAGAAUACUUGAAGCCCAAGGAUAAUCUAUUAGUGGUUUUUGAGGAAACCGGCGGGAAUCCAGAGAAGAUGGAAAUUGUGACCGUUAAUCGUGACACGAUCUGUAGCGUUAUCACUGAAUAUCACCACCCGCACGUCAAAACAUGGGAGAGGAAAAACAACGAAUUCCGAAAUAUAACUGACCCGAUAAAGGCUGCAUACCUCACGUGCCCCGACAAUAAGGUCAUUGACAAAGUCGAGUUUGCAAGCUUUGGGAACUCGGACAAUGCUUGCGGAUCCUUCAAGCCCGGCCCGUGUGAUUCCACCGCGGUUCACGACCUUGUUGAGAAGCUUUGCUUGGGGAAAACAACAUGCACAAUCCCAUUUGAAAGGGAGCAGCUGCUUAAUGGGGCCAAGGAAUUGUGCCCUGAUGUGGAAAAGACACUGGCUAUUCAAGUGAAAUGCGGUAGUCCAAAUAAGAGCGAUGAUUGAUUUGUUAAUUUAUUAAUUUG